AUGCAGGCCGGAGAACCCCAGGCCCCGAUAGAGGCCACCGACUCAUCCCCCUGGAGAGACGCCGCGCUGGAAUUAUGUGCUCCGGGACACGCCGGCGUGUUCGUCCUGAGCGGGGUGACACUCCUCCUGUUGGCCGCAGUCUACAAGCUGCUGUCCGGCCCGCUGGAGCUCCUCAAGGCGCCCGAAGACGUGGGCUACUUCGCCCAUGACGGCCGCUCUAAAGCCCGCGCCGCCAACGACACACGCCGCCGCAGGAAGACCGGAGAGCUGCCCCCGGUCUACCCCAACGGCUGGUACCGGAUCGUGGACUCCCACAUGCUCCGGAAAGGAGACGUCAGAGAUGUGACCAUGCUUGGUGAGCAGCUGGCGGUGUUUCGAGGCGAGGACGGGAAGGCCUACGUUGUGGACGCCUACUGCCCACACCUGGGUGCCAACCUGGCUGUGGGUGGACGUGUCGUGGGAAGCUGCAUCGAGUGUCCAUUUCACGGAUGGCAGUUUCGGGGCAACGACGGCAAAUGUGAGAAAAUACCCUACGCUGAAAAAGUGCCGGAUUUAGCUAAAGUGACCGCCUGGCCCAGCUGUGAAGUUAACGGUCAAAUCCUGCUGUGGUUUCACUGCGAUAGAGAAGAGCCUCAGUGGACUGUUCCGGAACAGCAGGAGAUCACUAAGGGCGAGUGGGUCUAUCGCGGCCGAACGGAACAUUUUGUCAACGCGCACAUACAGGAGAUUCCUGAGAACGCAGCAGACCUGUCUCACCUGUCUCACCUGCACACGGCGAGUAUCCUCAGCGGAGCCGACCUGCGCUACACCAACAGCUGGCAGUUUGUGCGACAUUAUUGGAAGGCUGAGUGGGCACCAGAGAAGAUCCCCAACAAUCAUUGUUCUCAGAUGCUAGUGGAACAUGCUCUUUAUGUGUUUGGACGCCAUUGGUCAGUGUUGGAUCUGCAUGUUGUUGCUCGACAGGUGGGACCAGGACUGGUGUUCAUGCGCUUCAACCACAGCUUCUUAGGCAGUGGUGUGGUCAUGCAGAGUGUGACACCAGUGGAGCCUUUGUUGCAGUGUGUCACACACACCAUCUUCUACCAGGCCAACAUUCCCGCCCUGGUGCCGAAAUUCUUCCUGAAAGCAGAAUGCAUACAGUUUGAGCGGGAUGUGAUGGUGUGGAACAACAAGCGGUACAUCGCCAAGCCCCUGCUGGUGAAGGAAGACGCUGCCAUCCAGAAACACAGACGCUGGUACGCUCAGUUUUACAGCGAGAACAGCCCGCGGAUCCAAUUCCAGCGUGACACUUUGGACUUCUGACUCUCCUUCGGUCAGUUCGUCGACAUCUGAGAAAAUGUGUGCCGAGUAAUAAUAAUGGGGGACCGCAUAGUCUCAGGUGCAACAUGAAGCUCAUUUGAGUUGAAUCUGUGUGUGUGUGUGUGUGUGUUUUCGUGUAUUUCUACCCUUCUUGAGACACCAACAAGGAAAAGUACCGUCCAUAUGAGGACCGGUGAACGUGACAGGACCCAAAUCAUGGUCUCAAUACAGAAAAACCAUUGCAUUUAAUAGAGAGCCAACUACUAGAGUCCGUGAACAUUGCUCCAAAGUCAGGAUUUUUUUGGAUUGAUUUAAAGGCCUACUGAAAGCCACUACUACCGACCACGCAGUCUGAUAGUUUAUAUAUCAAUGAUGACAUCUUAACAUUGCAACACAUGCCAAUACGGCCGGGUGAACUUAUAAAGUGACAUUUAAAAUUUCCCGGGAAAUAUCCGGCUGAAACGUCGCGGUAUGAUGACGUAUGCGCGUGACGGAGUCAGUUUAACGGAAGUUAUGGUACCCCGUAGAAUCUUAUACAAAAAGCUCUGUUUUCAUUUCAUAAUUCCACAGUAUU